UGUAUUGUUUAUAAGAAAUCCAGUGCGAAAUUGCUGCAAAGCAGGGAUGAUUAUACAGAGAGUAGUGCUGAAUUCACGGCCUGUGCCAGUGGUUCCAGUUGUCAGUCUGAUUGAUCUGCUGCAUGUGGUACCAACCCGAGGAUGAAGGCUCCAGUUCUGGGGCUCUUGGCACAGUUUUACAGGUGUUUCUGGGAAGCUUUAAUUUAAAGAGGUCUGUCUGUAUAUGCAAAGGGAUGCUCUUGAAGCAUAUGCAUGUGCAGUGGCUGUGAUCUGUAUUCCCUCAAUCCUGCUUGUGUCAAAAGAGGCAGAAAGGGAAGAAUGGAGUGCCAGUGGCUGAAAACUUCCGACUAGAACAAAGUACAAUAGCGGAUACGGUCCAAGCAGGACAAGUGCGUGUUAAAACCCUCUAUCUCUCUGUGGACCCUUACAUGCGCUGCCGAAUGAAUGAGGACACUGGCUCCGAUUACCUCCAGCCCUGGCAGCUCUCUGAAGUUGCUGAUGGUGGCGGUGUUGGGGUUGUGCAGGAGAGCAAGCAUGAUAACUUCGCUGAAGGAGACUUUGUAACUUCCUUCACCUGGCCCUGGCAGACAGUGGCAAUUCUUGAUGGAAGCUUGCUACAAAAGCUUGUUCCACAGCUUGUAAAUGGACGCCUUUCCUACUUUCUUGGUGCAGCUGGGAUCACAGGACUGACGGCCCUGCUGGGUGUCAGGGAGAAGGGACACGUGGCUGUGGGUGCAAAUCAGACAAUGGUGGUGAGCGGAGCAGCCGGUGCUUGUGGCUCUUUGGCUGGCCAGAUUGGCCGUCUGGAGGGCUGCUCUAGAGUGGUGGGAAUCGCUGGCACAGAUGAAAAAUGCUCCAUUUUGGUCCAAGAAAUGGGGUUUGAUGCUGCUAUCAAUUACAAGAAGGGAAAUGUAGCAGAACAGCUACGUGAACUCUGCCCAGGCGGCGUGGAUGUUUACUUUGACAAUGUUGGUGGAGACAUCAGUGAUACGGUUAUUAGUCAGAUGAAUCAGAACAGCCAUAUCAUCCUGUGUGGACAGAUUUCUCAAUAUAACAAAGAUGUGCCUUAUCCUCCUCCGCUGCCUCCUGACAUAGAAAAAAUACGGAAAGAAAGGAACAUCACAAGGGAAAGAUUCUUAGUGUUGAACUAUAUGGACAAACAUGAAGCUAGUAUAUUACAACUCUGCCAGUGGAUCCAAGAGGGUAAACUGAAGGUCAGAGAGACCAUGGUAGAAGGCUUAGCAAACAUUGGUGCUGCUUUCCAGUCCAUGAUGAGUGGAGGCAAUAUCGGAAAACAGAUCGUCUCAGUUUCUAAGUAAAAGUCACUGGUUUGAGAAAAAUAAUUGCACUCUGUCUCUAAUAGUGAGGAAGCUUUUACUUAUACCAAUUUCCAUUUUUUAAAUAAACCAUCAAGUUGUUCUGUGUGAAUUGAAAGCAGAGAUUUUGGGAUGCUAAUAAACUAAAUAGAACUGCAAA